AUGGUACAAUGCUGCCCUUCUGUAGUAGGCUCCUCUUUCCAGCACAGCGCAGUAAAGCAGCUGCAGGUCGAUCGGUGGAAGUCAUUCACAGAAAAGGGAUACUGCACAGGAGACCUACGCAAAGCGGAGAUUGCGGUUUAUGCGUUGCGUUUUACGCACGGUAGAGUUUCCUCCAGAGAAAGGACAUCAGAAGGUGCAUUCCAGAGGCCCACCUUGGCAGCUAGAGGAGAGGAGAGGUCGGCCUCCAUCACCAUGACAGUGUUGCCACGGACCGUGGCUUCCCUGGCUGUGCCCGGCCUUAUCCUCUGUUUCAUCACUCUUCCAUUUCCUGCUAUACUAUCCCAGAGGCCCCCUCUCCCCACAGAACCCUCCCCCACCCCAGCACCCCACACAAGGCCGGAGUGUACCCGCCUAGAGCACCCCGUCAUCUCUAUUCAAGCUCUAAGUCCUUUGAUCUCCAGUUUCUCCCAUCCUGGUGUAAGGGACUACUCUCAGCUGACCCUUGACCUCACCAGGAAUGAACUUAUAGUGGGAGCAAGAAACUACCUCUUCAGACUGAAUCUAAACAACAUUUCACUAAUUCAGGUGAGACACAGACCUACAGUGCUUAUAAAUGGUCAGCAUUCUCUACUAGAUGAUGAUUCCUGUUUGAUGUGGUCUUUGUGACUUUAUAUAAGGCCGUCUGUCAGGCCUUUGGGUGUUAGAGAGGGCUGGCUUAUGGUUAUUGAUAUUGAAAUGAAUGGGUCAGUUCCCAAAACUGCCUGGACAGACUUCAAAGAAAGCAGCAUUGCCCGGCACAGAGAGCAAGGGGCGUCUUAGCGAAUAUACCAAGUUUCUAGACUGUCUGAGGUCUAAAUAAAGCAGUGAAAUGAGACUGUGGUGGCUUUCGCACCUGUUGCUGCUGUUGCAUAUAUCUCUUUUAUUCCCCCAGUAAUCUCUGUGCCGUGUCUCGUAGCUACCAGACAUUUAUUGAAUGCUCUCACUCGCAGACCACUCAUAAUGGUUCAUGCAUGAAGCAGCUUUUGGUUGAAGACUGAAUAAAAUUUGAGUAUCAGUCGCUUUCAUUCUCUCUCACCUUAGAUACCCAGCACACAUCUGAAUGCACAACAAAUAGGAGCUAAAUAAGCCACUCCAUUCACAUAUUCCCAUGUCUGCGUCUAGUGUUUUGUUUCAAUGACGUUACUAAAUUUGCAGCAGUUUUCUCCACUGUCCCAGUGGAGAGGAUUAGGUGCAAUUUCAUUUUCCUCCAUCUCACCUUCGCCUCUCCUGGGCGAUUCCAAACUGUGAAUAAACA